AUGUCUUCAUCAACGAAAACAGCAUUGUGUAUACAACUCAAAGAUAAAAUCGAGCUGACAGAUAAAGAGAAGCGAAUAUUUGACAGGUUAUUAAAAGUUGGUGAUCACCACAAUCUCCAAACUCAACUUCGUGUUGCUGGUGGAUGGGUUCGGGAUAAGCUACUAGGGAAAGAGAGUGACGAUAUUGAUAUCGCACUAGACAAUAUGAAGGGAAAUGAUUUUUGUCAUAAGGUUAACGAAUACUUGCUGUCCCUGAAAGAAAAGGAGCGACCGUUUGGUGUUAUUGAAUCCAAUGCUGAAAAGUCUAAACACUUUACAACAGGAAUCAUGAGAGUGUUUGGCGUAAAGAUUGAUUUUGUAAACUUGGUCAGCUCGGAACCGGGAGUUGAGGUUGGUUCUCCGAAAGAAGAUGCGUACCGAAGGGAUUUGACAAUAAACAGCAUGUUCUAUAAUAUUAAGGAAAAGGUAGUCGAAGAUUUUACUGGACGAGGUAUUACAGAUUUAAAACAAGGAAAAAUUAUAACUCCAUUACAUCCAAUGGAGACAUUCUUAGAUGAUCCAUUACGAGUACUUCGUGCUAUUCGGUUUUCUGCGAGGUUCGGUUUUGAACUUGACGAGCGGUUGAAGGAAGCAGCUGCAAGUGAUCAAGUCAGAGAUGCUAUGAAAAAGAAAAUAAGCAGGGACAGAAUUGGUAACGAAAUCAAUCUCAUCAUGUCUGGCAAUCGACCGGUUCAAGCAAUGAUGGAUGUAUGCAGGUUCCAGCUAUUUUGGGUUGUAUUUCCUCGUCCUGAGGAGCCAAACGUAUCUGACAGGCAUUGUGUUGCUUAUCUAGAUGCUGCAUGGAAUCUCUUCAACCAAAUUGGAUCAUCGAGCAUUCAUGAUACGCAAAGAGGGCUUUACUUGCAUUCAGCACUUCUUCUUCCAAUUAGAGGAAAGGGUACUGGUACUCAAAAUAUUGGAAGAUUACACAGAGCAUCGGAAGGAUUCAAAUCGUUGAUCCCAUUGUUAACAGAAUCAAGCAAUACUGCUAAAGCAGCUGGUAAGGCAAGUGAAAAAACUGCAAAUCUUCGAGUACAGACAGGACUGCUUUUACGCGAUAUCAAUAUCAAGGAAAAGAAGUAUGCCGAGAGUUUGAGUUGGUGGCGUGUUUCCUUGAUGAUUUCGACAUUAUUGUACUAUCCCAUCAAUUUUGAUUACGAUUCUGCGGACAAGCACAAGCAGAUUGAAUUAGACAUGCGCAGAACCUUGUUUACAACAGUUGAAGAUGCUGUUGUGAAACUAGGUCUCGAAAACGUGUGCGAAAUGCCAUUGGCGGAUGGGAAAGAAAUCAUGGAAAUGUUGGGUAUCGAGGAAGGAGGAAAAGUUGUUGGUAGUUGGAAGCACAAAUUGCUGGUAUGGCAACUUUCCGAUCCCUCUCGUACGCUGGAGCAAUCACUUGAUUGGAUGAGAGGCGGCCUUUCAAAACGUUGA